CGAAAAUUUGCACGCUACGCAGAAUGGAUCUGUUGACUAUAGGUGUUCUAGCAAUAAUAGCUCUAGCUACCUUAAUUUAUCUUUACUUCAAAAAGAGAUUUUCGUAUUGGGAGAACCGCGGAGUGGUACAUCUUAAACCUUCAUUUCCUCUGGGCAAUUUGUCCUUAAAACAACCCCAUUUCACGGAAUUUAUGAUUGAUAUCUACAAAUAUAAAGGUGGAACACCUCUUGUUGGUAUAUAUUUCGUGACAAAACCGAUCGUGAUACCCAUCGAGCUUGAUCUCAUUCAGAAUAUUUUAGUAAAAGAUUUUAGUAGCUUUCAUGCUCGUGGAAUGUAUGUGAAUGAAGUGGACGAUCCCCUGUCUGCACAUAUGUUUAGUUUGGAUGGUGAAAAGUGGAAAUCCAUACGGACUAAAUUAUCUCCCACUUUCACUUCCGGCAAAAUGAAAUAUAUGUUUUUAACGGUUGUAGCGGUAGCGGAAAGAUUUUUGGAAACUUUGGGCGAUAGCGUGAAACUUGAAUCCCAGUUGGAAGUGACCGACUUGCUAGGACGAUUUACAACUGAUGUUAUCGGAUCUUGUACAUUUGGCAUUGAGUGCAACAGCCUAAAAGACCCUAAUUCUGAGUUUCGCCAAUAUGGAAAGAAAGCUUCAAGUGAACCACCUAUGCCUCUUAUCAUGCACAUGCUAGUGUUACUAUAUCCUGAUUUGGCACGAAAGUUGCACUUGAGGGCAUUGCGAAAAGAUGUUACUGAUUUCUUUUUGGAUACAGUACGAAGCACCGUAAACUACCUCAAAGAAAAUAAUAUUCAACGCAAUGAUUUCAUGGAUCUACUCAUUCAAAUCAACAAUAAUCCAAAUGAAGCUGAUAAGAUAUCGUUGGAAGAAAUGGCUGCGCAAGCUUUUCUGUUUUUCAUUGCCGGCUUCGAGACUUCUUCUAGUGUGAUGACAUUUUGCUUAUAUGAAUUGUCUUUAAAUCAGGAUAUUCAAGAAAAAGCAAGAGAAGAAAUUACCCAGGUUUUGAUAGACCACGAUGGUAAACUGACAUAUGAAGGAAUGCAACAAAUGACUUAUCUUGAGAAGAUAGUGAAUGAAACCCUUCGCAAAUAUCCUUCACUUCCAUUUCUAAUAAGGAGUACUGUCCGCGACUAUGCAAUGCCAGAUUCGAACUUGGUAAUCGAAAAAGGAUGAUUUUCAUCCCAGUUCACAGUAUUCAACAUGACCCGGAUAUAUAUCCAAAUCCUGAAUUAUUCGACCCAGAACGAAUGUCAGCGGAACAAAUGAAAAGCCGUCACCCGAUGUCCUUUUUAGGUUUCGGAGAUGGCCCAAGAA